CUUCACCGCAGCGCUCCAGCUCACUUUGCUCACUUUGCCUUUUACCUCGUCGACCACAACCAUGGCUGGCGGUAUUGCGAUGCUCCCGAGCGGCGGUGCCCACGACGCGCCGACCGAAGGCUCGCGCGCCUACGCCAUCGUUGUCUGCGUCUUUGCCUCCCUCGGCGGUAUCUUCUUCGGCUAUGACCAAGGCGUCACCGGCGGCGUCCUCGUCAUGGACUCGUUCCUCAACGACUUUUGCGUCGGCUACGACGGCAACACGUACAAGCAGUGCACGGCUGCUUCGGCCGACCUCCCCGACAACUGGUCGACCUUUACGACGCUCUUCAACGUGCUCUACUACAUGGGCUGCAUCUUUGGCGCCUACCUCGGCGGCUACAUCGCCGACAAGUACGGCCGCCGCGCCACCAUCUUCUCGGCCGGUAUCCUCUUCUGCGCCGGCACGCUCAUGCUCGUCCUCACCAACAAGAUGGGGCACACGCUCUCCUUGAUCGCCCGUAUCAUCCAAGGCUUUGGCGUCGGCAACUCGUCGUUCUCGCUGCCCAUCUUUGGUGCCGAGAUGGCUCCCAAGGAGCUCCGUGGUAUGCUCUCGGGCUUCAUGCAAAUGUCGAUCGUCACCGGUCUCCUCCUCGCCGGUAUCAUCAACUAUGUCGUCCAGUACGAUGAGCACGGCUGGCGCGUCACCAACGCCGUCGCGAUGGCCUUCCCGUCGUUGUCAUGGCUGGCCAAGGGCCGCGAACAAGCCGAGGUGGCUCUCAAGCGUCUGCGUCGUACUGAGAACGUCGGCGCCGAGCUCCAGGCCAUUGGUGACGCGAUUGAGGAGGAAGGCGACAACACGUCGACGUGGGCUGACUUGUGGCACCCGUCGAUUCGCCCGCGCCUUUUCAUUGCUUGCUCGCUCCAGCUCCUCCAGCAGGCCACUGGUAUCAACCCCAUCUUUACGUACGGCGGUCAGAUCUUCAAGGACGUCGUCGGUGACGGUAUCGUGUCGCUUCUCAUUUUCCAGAUCGUCAACUUCCUCUCGACAAUUCCGGCCAUGUACUGGGUCGACAAGAUCGGUCGCCGCAAGCUCCUCCUCGUCGGUGCUGCUGGCAUGGUCAUUGGUCACUUGGUCUCUGCCGUCUCGUUCACGGCGGGCUGCAAGGGCGACACGAGCAAGUCGGAUUGCUCGACGGGCGCGGGCUGGACCAUGAUUGUCUUUACGGCCUUCUUCAUCUUCAACUUUGCCAUUUCUUGGGGCCCCGUGUGCUGGAUCUACCCGGCCGAGAUCUUCCCCAUGAACGUCCGUGCCAAGGCCGUCUCGGCGUCGACGAUGACCAACUGGUGCAUGGGCUCGCUCAUGAUUGGUAUCCCCAAGCUCUUCCCGUAUCUCAACAUCAACGGCGUCUUCUUCCUCUUCACGGCGCUCUGCGCACUUGCCGGUGUCUACGUCUGGUUCAAGUGCCCGGAAACCAAGGGUCUCCUCCUCGAAGACAUUGAGCUGCUCUUCUCCAACGGGUCGGUCCGCGCCCAGAAGACUGUCGAUAUUGAGACGCCCAAGCGCGACGAAGCGUAA